AUCCAUUUACGCAUAAAAACAUGUGUUGUGAAAAUUAAAAUAUUUUCCGAAAAAAUUCAUGUAUGGUGCAUCCAAAAUUUUCAAUUAUUUGUUAUACAAUAUCAUCAUCUUAAUAGUUAUGAAGCUGAUUAAAGUAAAAGCUAUCGAUUGCUAUGUUUGCACGACCACGAACAAUAGUUUAAAAGAAUGUAGUGAUCCAUUUAGUACCAAAAACCCAAUAAACUUUUUACAGAAGGAUUGUAAAUCGGGACGUAAAAAUAGAUCUGGUCUGUUUCCAGCCACCUCGUGCAUUAAAAUAUCCGGAGUAUAUGACACAACGAAAAUCAAAUUGGUCAUAAGAUCUUGCGCCCUGGAUAGUGGGUCCCUGACCCAGGACACGGAAUUGGUCAGAAACUCUCAUUGUGGUAUAUUUCGUUUUGAUGAACAAAGAAUGCGUGGUUGCAUAAGCACAUGCAAAGAAGAUGGUUGCAAUUCUGCUCGAUCCACCGUCGUUUUUUCAUCCCCCUUUAUCAUGGCGAUCUCAAUUUAUAUCUUCUCAACUUGUUUUUUUUAAUUUUUAUUUUCCCGUUCCUCGCAAAACUCAAACUAAUAUUGUUUGCGAUUUUCGUUUGUAACCAUAUAUGUCUUAUUUUGAGUAACGCGAUUUUAUUUUUUUCCGCACGCCAUAAACAUUUUUUUUUAAAAUUAUUAUAAUGACUUUUUAACAUAUCGAAAUGAUAAGUUUAUAAUGAUAAUAUUUAUGCAUGAAACAAAAAUGACCCCUAAUAUAUAUAAAUAUUUUAAUAACUCUAAUUGCUUUUAAAAAAAGAGUUAUGUUAAAAUUAUGAUCCACCACUAAAACAUCUUGGAGAUUUCUAUGAAGAAUAUUAAAUUAAUUGAACAACAUUUUUGAUUUUUACUAUGUCUUCCUUGUAUCUACCUAAUAAUACACUUUGGUAGUAAUUAGUUUUUAAAAUUUUUAUAACAAUUUUUUUUUAUAUUUAUAUGGUAGAAAAAUAGAAAGUGACUUUAUUUGAUAUUUUUGAUUAUGAAAUCAAUAACUUUUAAUUUAAAAAUAAUUGAAAUCAUAUUUUUACAAUUUACACGUGCGCCACUUAAAAUAAGAGCCCGGCUGUUUAAAUAUAUUAUUUUUUUUAAAUAAUUAAAUCGGUAUUUUGUUGGUGUAUUAUACUUGACUUGUUGUAUUAGUAUAAUCAAUUUAGUGCUUUCGAGUUGAGGAUUGUGUUUUGCGUUAUCGUUGUUUAAAUUGAGUCAGUAUUUUUUUUAAAGGGUUUUACGUUUGUGAUCAAUAGGUCAAACAUAAAAAUUGUUUUCUGUUUUUUUUAACAAAAUGAAAAGUUUACCAAUUUUUCCGAUACCGUUUGAAAGAUAUUAUUUAAGCUGCAGCGAUGAGACCUCAAUUUCGAAGUAAUAUUAAGUAUGAUAUUUAUUACAUUUCACACGUAAUAAUAAAAUGCCUAGUAUAAUAUCUUAAAUAUUAAUUAUUUUCUUAAGUAAUAAGUUUUGGGAGGAUCAAUAAAAAUUUUUCUCCCAUUAAUUUAUAUUUCUUUUUUAUUUAAUGGUUAACAAAACAUAUUACACAACGAAUACUGGUUAACAUUUAGAGAUGGUUAUGUAACCUCUAGUGGCAAUCUCUUAAUUUUGAAGCUCUCUUUAUGUUCACCAUAAAGUAGCCACUAUAGAGUAGAGUUAUUAUCUUGUGGAAAUUUGAUAUAUAAAUUUAUAUUUUUUUAAUCGAUGUUACAUUAAUAUUUUUAAUUUCGAUAACUUUCCUAAAUAUUAAAUCGCUGAUUUGUAAAAAAAAAAUUGAAACUAUUGAUUUUUUUUUAUAUAUUAAAUUAUAACAAUGUAAUAAUAUUAUUUUAUAUCCCAUAAUAUGUAUCAUGUCAAUUGCAAUAUCUAUUAUCUACUACAUAGUAUUAUUUUUUUUAUAUUAUUUAAUAGCAUUUUCCGAAAUUAUUAUGUAAUUUUUUUAUUAUUAUAUUAUAAUAUAUAUUCAUUAUUUAUAUCAUUUACAUUUUCCUGAUGUGCGCAACGCAUAACAAUAAUUUACUAUUGUUAAUAACAAAAUGAUAGAAUUUUUUUUUAAAUUUAUUUUCACCGAUGAUGCCUUUUUUGAAAUGAUAUUCUAUUUAUAACCCGAAUCCGCUUAUAAUCUGACCUAAAUUAUUUUCUUCCCAAUUUUAUGUUUUGAUUUCGGGGUCCCUGAAAUCUUAUAAGAAAUUAAUAAAUAUUUCCCAGUGAUAAUGUUUUUAAAUUUGUAGGGUGAGUGGUUUGAUUGACACAUAAAGAGGAAAUUAUAACAAUCUCAUAUAUAUUUUUUUGAUAUUUCUUUGCAUUUUAUCGAAACCAAAUUAUUUAACUAAUAAAUUUUUCAUAGCUUU